AUGAUUAUUAAGCACGACCCCCGCGUGGCAACCCCUGGCGCCACGUGGUUUUUGGCAGUUGGGGUUUCGCGAGCCAACCUCUUUUUAAAAUUCAGGUGUUUUUCAAGGGACCUUCUGCUUGAAAGUUGUGCAGGUUAUUCUUCAACUGUGUUUCCUCUUUUUUUGUGUCGGCGUGGCAGCUUUGCUGUUGCUUUUCUCGCGUCUUUUUCACCUUAUUUUUGUAGUGGUCUGGCUUUGGCGUGUGUGGGUCAGCAUGUUCCCCAUCUUCCUCCAAGAGGGAACGGGAGGCGAAAUUUGAACGGUCGAAUUUUGUAUUCAAAUCUGUUAUAA